CAACAACAACAACAACAAAGAAAACAACAAUAAAUACUGUCGUAUCAAGUACAGAAGCAAGUACGUCGUCUUCUUCUCCUGUCCUAUCGUCUUCCUCUUCGACAAAUUCUACUUCUUCUUAUGACUCAUCCGAUUCUUUGGUUAUUGAUGAAUCAUUCUUCGGUGGCGAUCAUUUUUAUCACCAUCUGCAAAACCAUUCUUCUCUUCUACGGAUUGUAUUGAAGCGCACUUUUCCUACAAAUGUUAUAUUGGAUCAAUGGUAUCGACUUGACCUGGCAGUAUUGAAUGAAUUUGGCAUGGCUAUCAAGGGGCAACGAACAAGAGCACCAAGUAUGGGUUUAGCAUGUGAAUUAUUAGCAAGAGUUGGACAAACGACAUGUAGGAUUCAAGAUUGGAAGGUGGAAUGGCGUCCAUUACAGUAUGAUGCCUGGGAUUCAACGGACGACACUGCACACAUGGCAAACUGUACUGGUUUUGAUCAUUCUAGUACUGGUGGAUUGGAAUUCAAAAUUACCCGAAAUCUUUGGAAAAUCAAUACGGCAACGUCAAAUAAAGAAGGUGCACCGACCGUCGCAACAUAUGCAACAGCAACGAAAAGGACAACAUUACCUUCAGUUCCAUUCUAUAUGAUGAUUAUACCUACUUUUGAACCACAUCAAACAAUACAUGCUUUGCCACUAGUGGUAGGUCCAAUCACUAUUAGAAAAUAUCCUAUCUAUCGGUCGAUGAUUAGUUCUAUAUCUCAAAAUACUACUAAUGCUGCUACCAAUACUACAACAACAACAACAACAAGGACAACAAUGGCAACAGGGUAUCAACAAAGACAUGAUAAGACGGGUCCUAUUUCUUUUGAUCAAAUAUGGAUGACUACUACUGGAUGUUAUUCUCAAGAAAUGUAUCGUGCUUUCAAAGUGACUACUCUAGAUCAAUACUUUAUAAUCAAGGAAGGUUGGAAUAUGGGAACACCUGGCAAGAUGUGGGAUUCAGCACUAGUGAUCUCGGAUUUGUUUGUACAAAAAAUUAUUGAACAGCCAAAAUGCCUGGAAGAUUGCCAUUUAUUAGAUCUUAGUGCAGGAACGGGAACUGCUGGUCUUCUGAUAUCCUUUCUUUAUCAAAACAUGUCAUCUAUUUAUCGAAAUAUCAAGAUUACUUUGACUGACUUACCAGAUGCUUUACCUCUAAUUACUUACAAUCAAAAUCUUAACAGAAUCAAACCAAGUAGUUGUAUAUCAGUAACACCGUUAUCCUGGGGAAAUAAAGAAGAUAUUCAAUUGGUCAAGAAGAAGGCUCCAAUCGAUAUCAUCAUUGCGUCUGAUGUCUUAUAUGAACCUAUGAAUUUCGCUGCGUUGGUGCUUACUUUGGUGGAUUUAUCAAUACCUGGUCGUACGGUGAUUUAUCUGGGAUACAAACGACGUGGAUUAAAAGAGGCAGAUGAAAGAUAUUUUUUUGGAUUAUGUCAUGAACAUUUUGAUAUACAAACACUUGGAUAUGAUGACGACAAUACCAGUGAUUGCAAUUAUACCAGUCAUUACAAUAAUAAUAGAUCAACAGUCUAUGAUGAAGAAAUCGGAUGGGAAAAACGAUACGGCAAAUUGAAGAAAAAUAAGAAACGCUUGGAUGGUGAAGGUUGGCUAGGAUCGUUUGCUCAAGAUUGGAUUACAAAAAGCAAUUUGGACUCUAUUGGACAAUCAUAUCAACAAACAGGUGUACAUAUCUAUCGCUUAGUUCGCAAACUACCGGCUCAAGUUACUACUAUUAUAUAAUGAAUUAUUUCUCUCCCUCUUUUUGGAUUGGUUUUCCCUUCAUUUUAAUAGUUAUAUAGUUUCUUUUAAUAUCGAUUUUUUUUUUUUUGAACAUUUUUGAAUUUUUGCGUUUACUAUUAUCAUCUUUACCCAAUUUGAAACAAAAUGUAGAGUGAAUAUGUAUAUUUUUUUUUGUAUGAUAGAUUUAUGACUUUACAGUUUUAUAUUUCCCUUUUUGUUCAUUUCUCUAUUAAUAAAUCAUAUACAAAAUAUCAUUAUUUAUUUAUCAAUAUCGGUAUUUUUUUUUUCUAAAAGGGAAAGGAUUU